AUGUUUUCAGUGAGGGAAACUGAACUACAUUUUUUUCGGAUGUUGGAGCAAUCUAUAAAACAAGCUUACGAGUCAUAUCAAAGAUACAAUCGACAGUCUUCUCAAGUACUCAACAUACCGGACUUAUAUACUCAUACUGGUGAACACCAGAUGAUUGAAAUUGCAUCAGGCUCAAAAAUUUACUUUCCCAUUAGUGUUAAAAAACAAAUUGAAAAAACGAGCGAACAAGAAGAUGGCAGUUGUGACUGGGAAACUAUUGUCAAAUUAGCCUUGAAAGAAGUAUAUGACGAUAAUAUAUCGAAUUAUUCAGCUAAAGGAAAAGAUGCUAAUGGACGGCCACCAAUAAACAUUAAAUUAUACAAUGCAAUAUUUGAUUGGGUUAAGAAAAAAGUUGGUCCUAAUAAAAUAAUAACCAGUAAAAUGUUUAACGCUACUAUUAAUAAGUAUUCUGCUAAUAAAAGAGGGAAUGAAAAUCAAAAGCUUAAUUGUUCAAAACAUUCUAAACACCCAGAUGCAACUCUAUCAAAUAAACUGAUGAAAUUUUUAUAUUAUUUGGUAACGGAAGAAAAUUUACUUUUCUUUCAAAAAAUUGUGAAAAUUUCUGAAGAAUCUUAUAACAUGCAACAAAAAGAAAUGUUACCUGAACGACAAACGCACCAGCUAUCAAAUGUUUACACUGAACCGGCACCAAUAAAAAUAAAAAUAAGUCCCCAUUACGAGAUUUACUUACCAAGAAGUACUCACCUCUACAUAGAGCGAAAAAGUGAAAUUGCUAGAGGAAAAUAUGACUGGCGUAUUUUGGUAAAAGAAACAUUGUUAGAGGUUUAUGGUGAUACCAUAAAAAAUUAUUCGGCUAAAGGAGUUCGUGGUGGAUCUCCAGGUAUCAAUCCAGAACUAUAUCGAGCACUUUAUGACUGGGCAACUACGGUAACUGAUGAAGAAUGCAUCCUAGAUUCUCAAUUUGCAGAGUGUGUAAAUCAAGUAACGAGAAAUAAAAGGAAAGCCAAAAAAAUUAAAGGACAGAAAAUGCAACCCCAAGAAAAUUAA